CUCAAAACCAAAAUCGAACACAUCCCGAUUCCCACCCCGGGUCCCAAAGAGAUCCUCAUCAAAGUCCACUAUGCAGGCAGCAAUCCCAAAGACUGGAAACAUCCCCUCCCACGCUUCUACAAUAACGCCGUAAACCAAGGCGACGACUGUUCCGGAAUAAUCGCCGCCCUCGGCCCUGGUGUAAAGUCCUUUCAACUCGGCGAAAGAGUCGCCGGCUUCCAUCGAAUGGACGAACCCUACGGUACCUACGCAGAAUUCGCCAUCUGCCCCCAACACACUGUCUUCCGCAUUCCAUCCACAAUGUCAUAUGCAGAAGCCGCGACAAUUCCUCUUGUAGCAUACACAGCAGCCGUAGCCCUAUACCGAAACCUAAACCUCCCUACUCCCUGGGAAAGAACCGACUCCCACGCCCCAGAAACUUCGAAAAUCCCACUAGUAAUCAACGCCGCGAGUUCAGCAGUCGGAGCUUUCGCAGUAAAACUCGCGAAACUGAAUCCAAGAAUCUCUCCUCUCAUCACCACAGCAGGAUCUUCCAAGAAAUUCGUCGAGAAAGAAUUACAUCCGGAUUUCGUGCUAGAUUAUCGCUCUCCCGACCUAGCGGCGCAGGUGAAAAACGCUCUAAAAGGAAAGAAAUUACACCACGUCUCCGAUGCAACGAAUACCCUCCAAUCCAUCAAAUCCCUCACAUCACUCCUAACCCCCGAUUCUACUUCGAAAUACACUUGUUUCUCUACAAUCGAAGACCAAGAACGAAUUUUAAAAGGACUCGGGAGUGCUCUUGUCGGAGUUGGUCUGCAAGAGAUUAAGGCUGGAGGAGAGAUUUUCGGGAGGAUUAUGAGUCAGGUUUUUGAGGAGAUGCUUGAAGAGGGGGUUUUGGUGGGGCAUCCUCAUGAGGUUGUGGAGGGUGGACUUGAAGGGGUUAGGGAUGCGUUGGUGGAAUUGAAGGAGAGGAAGAGGGGUGGGAAUCGGAAGUUUGUUACGAGGAUU